AUGAGUGGUACCUCACUAGAGGCCAACGAGUCGCUAGACAUGUCCUCGCCGGCACGCGGUGACGCGCUCCUUGCGCCAACAAACGAAUCGCUCGACGAGUCGACCGGGCCGGUCGAGAUGGAGACCGAGCCAGUGGCGGCUGCCGAGCAAGCAGGCACUGGGGCGGACGGCAGCAUGGCGGCGCCGCAGGCUGGAGUCGAGGCGUCGGGCCAGCCCAAGGUGGAGGAUGCCCUGCUGUACCUGGAGCAGGUGAAGAUCCAGUUCCGCGAGCAGCCCGAGGUGUACGACGCGUUUCUGGACAUCAUGAAGGACUUUAAGGCGCACAACAUCGACACUCCCGGUGUCAUCCAGCGGGUUCGGACGCUCUUCCGCGGACACCGCGACCUCAUCUUUGGCUUCAACACCUUUCUCCCACCGGGCUACAAGAUCGAGCUCGACGACCUCCGUGACGAGCCGGAGCCGCCGAAGCGGGCCAGCAGCAGCACGGCGCGGCCGGCCAAGAAGGGCGGGCGCAAGAAGCGGGUGUCGAACAGCUCGCGGGCGCGGCGCGGCGGCAUGCGCAAGCGUGACGGUGUGUCGGCGGCGGCCGAGCCCAAGAGCCUUGACACGGCGCUCAACUACGUGAACAAGAUCAAGCAACGGUUCGAGAGUAACCCCGAGGUGUACACGGUCUUUCUCGAGAUUCUGCAGACGUACCAGCGCGAGGUGCGGACGAUCACCGAGGUCUACGACGAGGUCUCGCGGCUGUUUGCCAACGAGCCGGACCUGCUCGAGGAGUUUACCACGUUCCUCCCCGAGUCGCUCGCGCACCACAACCGGCGCAAGCGCGGGCGCGAGGGCGCCAGCCGCGGGCGGCCGCUCAAGCGGGCCAAGAUCGAGCUUGCGCCCGACGACGAGAUCGGGUUCUUCAACGCGGUCAAGCGGCGGCUCACUGCGCCGCUCUAUGCCGACUUUCUCAAGGCGCUGCAUGUCUUCUCCAACCAGAUCCUCUCGACAGCCGAGACGGUCAAAUUGGUGCGGACCAUUCUCGCCGGCCACCCGGACCUCAUCUCGUGGUUCGAGGCCUUUGUCGACUACAAGGAGCAAGGCGCCAAGAUGCGGCGGGUCCAAUCGAUCUCGCAGAUUGACAACGAUGAGUACAUUGACUACUCGCAGCUCAAAAAGUAUGGCCCGUCGUACCGCGCCCUCCCGACCUCGUACCGCCGCCCUUCGUGCUCGGGCCGUGACGACUUGUGCGACUCGGUCCUCAACGACACGUGGGUUGCGUCGGCCGCCACCGACUCGGACGACUUUAUCUUCAAGUCCUCGCAGAAGAACGAGUUUGAGGAGCGCCUCUUCUUGUGCGAGGAGGAGCGCUACGAGCUCGACAUGGUCAUCGAGCAGAACGCGUCGGCCAUCCGCGCCCUCGAGCCGCUGGCCUCCAAGAUCCUGGAGGCUCAGAAGCAAGCCGGCACCGAAGGCCCCGGCCCGUCGUUCAAGCUGGCCUCCGAGAACGCGCUUGGCAUCAUUCAGAUCAAGGCCAUCGAGCGCAUCUACGGCCACCGCGCCAAGGACGCUCUUUCGGGCCUCCGCAAGAACCCGCACGUCGCCGUCCCCAUCAUUCUCAAGCGGCUCCGCCAGAAGGAUCGAGACUGGCGCCGCAUCCAGCGCGAGUGGAACAAGGUGUGGAACAACGUCAACGCCGACAACUACCGUCGCUCGCUCGACUACCGCGGUGCGGAGUUCAAGACCUCGGACAAGAAGUCCAUGGGCACCAAGGCGCUCGUCUCUACUGUCAAGGAAAAGCAAGACCAACUGAAGGUCCAGGGCAAGGCCACGGCGGUGCAUUUUACGUCGACGAUCGAGUCGACAGCCGAGAUCCAGGAGGCGUACCGGCUGCUGCUGUUCUGCCUCACGCGGUCGAUGGCGACAGACAAGGUGGUGCAGAAGAUGCGGCUGUUUAUUGUGGGCUGGCUUGCCAAGUUCCUGGGCGUGCCGGUGGAGACGUCUGUCAUCGACGAGCACUUUGCACAGAUCCGCAAAGCGCUGGCGCGCAAGCACACGCCGAGCGGGGCUGCAGCGUCGGCAGCGACGGCGGCAGCAGCAGCCGCCGCGGCUGGGGCGCCUGCACCUGCGGCGGCGGCCGCAAACGGGCCGACAGCCGGGUCGAUUGCCGAGGGCCUCCCGCCGCCUGUGGCGGCGGCCGUCGCCGAGGCUGCAGCCAAGAUCGACGCGGCCGAGGAGGAGGUGGCGCAGAUGCGGUCGACAUCUACGGCGCCGCAGCCGCCGUUCUUUGGCAACGAGAUCUACUUUGUAGUUCUCCAGCUGUUUGCGCUUCUCACCUCGCGCAUCGCCAAGGUUCGCGAGCUUGCGGUCGUGGCGCAGGGCAAGUAUGACGCGGCGGGCGCCCAGGCUUUCCGUAAGCCGUUCAACAAGGCGGCGGCGAUGCUCGACCCGACGUACGCCAAGCGGAGCGACACAGCGCUCGAAGCGAUGGAUGUGGCCGCGGCCGGCGGCUCGGUCUUUGCCGCCGUUCUCAACUUUGUCAAGUUGUACCAGGCGUCCAAGGUCUCGACGAGCCGGUUUGAGAACACGCUCAACGACGUGCUUGGCCCCGACUCGUACCAGCUUUUCACCAUGGACCGCAUUCUCACACAAAUGACCAAGAUGAUCAACUCGGUCGUUGGCGACGAUCUCUGCGCGCGGCUCAUGGCGCUGUACAACUACGAGAACGGGCGGACCCGGAACACCGACUCGUCGUACCGCGUCUCGGCCCUGCUCAUGAUGCCCGAGAUGACCACGUUCAGGCUCAAGGUCUCGCAGUACGCCCGCGGCUCGCGCUCGCUCCUGGUCUGGGUCAUUCCAGAAGACUCGCCUGGCACCAUGCCGGUCUUCUCGUCGUCGCCCGCCUCGCCGCCCGAGGCCUCGGCCAUGCUCGCCAAGUGGUCCGAGUACAUGCGGACCUUUAUCCAGCCGACAGUCAACCCGCACAUCGACGUCCGCGCCCACAACAUCUUCCUCCCGCGCAACCUGGUCACCUCGCGCUCGCUCGACGACCCUGAGCUCGUCAUCCAGCACGGUCUUGCCGCUAAGAUCGACUUUGACUCGUACAAAAUGGUCUACCUCUGCGGAACCGAGGACUGGCUCUACCGCCGCGGCGCGCUCGCCGCCGCCGUCCCGCGGUUCAACUCGUCGCCCAACAACUGGUGGGCCAAGCUGCACACGCCCGACCCGGCCCGGCCUGACCCGCCUGUCCUCGACCGCACCAACAUCAAGCCCGAGUACGUCGACUCGGACGACGACGACGUCGUCUCCGACUCCAACACCAACGCCAGCAACAACGAGACCAAGCCGGUCGUCACGUCCGUCUCCGUUCCGGUCAAGGCGCCUGCCUCGGUGCCGGGCCAGCCACCACCGGCCGUCCCCGCUCCCACUGGCGAUGCCGUCCCGACAUCGGCGGUCACCGGGGCUGUGCCUGUCCCUCCCGCGCCUGUCGCCGCUGUUGUACUCAAGGUGCGUGUGGCCAAGACCGGGGCGGUCAAGUCGAUGCCGUUCAACCCGAGUAUGUCAACAGGCGAGGUCUGCCGCGAGAUCCGCGAUCGCGUGGGCGAGGGCGGGUCGGAUCAUGGCCUGUUCAAGGUCGGCGACGACUACUCUGUGGGCAAGUGGCUGGAGAACAACAAGACGCUCAACUACUACGAACUCCGGUCCGGCGACCUCGUGGAGUUCAAGAAGAAGCACCGGCCGCUGCGUGUGCAGACGGUGGAUGGCGCAGUGAAGACGGUGCUUGUGGACGACUCGAUGAUUGUGUCGGACAUGGUGGCGAUCAUUGCGGCGCGGGUGGGCAUUGCCAACGCUGAGGAGUUUUCUCUCAAGAAGGUCGACUCGGCCGACAACGAGUGGCUCAACCCCGGGCAGACGCUCCGCGACCAGGGCCUGGAGGAGACGGAUCCUGUGCUGCUUAAGCAGCGGUUCCACUACUCUGACCAGAACGUGGACACGUCGAACCCUGUGCAGCUCAACCUGCUGUAUGAGCAGUCGCGCGAGGCCAUUCUCACCGGCAAGUACCCGUGCACACAGGCUGAGGCCAUCCAGUUUGCCUCGCUCCUCUGCCAGGUCACGCUCCACGACCACAACCCGGCCAAGCACAAGCCGGGCUCGCUGGAUCUCAAGAACUACGUUCCCGGCGAGUAUGUCAAGGCCAAGAAGAUCGACAAGACCAUUCUCUCGGAGCACCGCAAGCUCAUCGGCAUGUCGGAGCUCAACGCCAAGUUCCGGUUUGUCCAGCUCUGCCGCUCGCUCAAGACGUACGGUGUCACCUUUUUCCACGUCCGCGAGCAGGUGAGCCAGGGCAAGAAGAAGAAGAAGCUUGUGGAUCGGCUGCUGGGCAUCACCCGCGAGAAGAUCAUCCGGAUGGACGCGCAGACCAAGGAGGUGGUCAAGUCGUACCCGCUUGCGCACCUUAAGCGGUGGGCGGCGUCGACCAACUCGUUUACCUUUGACUUUGGCGACUACGAGGGCUCCUACUACUCGGUGCAGACCUCCGAGGGCGAGGCAAUGUCGCAGGUCAUUUCGGGCUACAUUGACAUUAUUCUCAAGAAGAAGAAGCAGGCCGGCCGGUACGUCGUCGACGACGACGAGGAGCAGACCGUGGUUGAGGAGGACAUUUCUGCCAUGAAGGCGCAGGCUAUUUCGCGGACGCCGUCGAACAUGCAGUACACGUCGGCUGUCAACCUCUCGCGGGCUGGCAUGGUUCAGGGCGGUGCGUCUGGCUACCAGAUGUCAUCGGCCGGCGCCCAGUAUGGGACUGCCCAGACGCCGCAGUCACAGAACGCGGCUGGCGGGUGGAAGGGCCAGUUUACCCGCGGCUCAGCCGGUGAGCUCGAGUCGUUUACCACCGGCAACGCCGCGGUGCUCAACGCGUCGGGCCUCGGUGGCCUGCUCAAGGACCUCGAGGGUGCAUUUGCCUCGGUCAACGCCGCAUGCAACGAGCUCGCCAUCCCGGUGACCAAGUCGCCGAUGGGCGACUCGGAUGACCCGAUGGCCCGGCAGUGGCGCCAGAAGGCCAUGCAGGGCACCCGCCAGCAGCUCCGCCAGCACACCGACGGCCUCACCGUGGCCACCGCCCAGGUGGUCGGCUCGGCAGUCUGUGCCACGCCCGACCAGUUUGACCCGGACACGCUCGCGGCGUCGUGCAAGGCGCUCGGCAACCACAUGGCCCAGCUGGCGACGUUGGCCCGGACUGCGGCCUCGCUCGUCGACGACGCCGAGUCGGGCCAGCUCAUGGCGGCCUCGCGCCAGAUGGGUGACGCGACCAAGCGACUGGUGGCGGCUGCCAACGGCGCCGCCGGUGGCCUCUCGCAGUCGAUUGUCGACCCGAAGCUCCGCGAAGAGGUCCUCGCCUCGGCCAAGGACAUCGGCAAGCUGGUGAACCAGUUGCUCGCGGCGUCGGGCGCGUCCGAGGUCGACGGCGCCGGACAGACCAAGAUGUUUGAGCGGACGGCGGCAGUGGCGCAAGCCGCGACCAAGCUUGUCAACGACGCCAAGCAAGUCGCCAACGCGCAGUCGACCGACGAAGCGCGCAAGCUUGUCAACGGCGGCGCCAAGCACGCGUGGACCGCAACGUCGCAGCUGGUGGCGUGCGUCAAGGUCCUCGCCCCCACGGUGGCAUCGGCCAAGUCGAAGCAGCAGCUCGAAAAGUCGGCGGCGCUUGUGCGUUCGGCCGUGGGCGGCAUGAUCGACAAGGCUGGCGCGGCCGGCGUCGACGCCCAGGACAUGUCCAAGCUCAAGGUGGCGUGCCAGGGUGUGAACCAGGCGCUGCAGCAGCUGCUUGACGCGGCGCGGACCGUUGGCGACCGCCCGGACUUUACCGCGCAGUACGCCAAGGCCGCGGCAGUCAUCUCGGCCGCCUCGCGCAAGCUCGUCAACGCCAACGGCAACCCACAGGAGAUCAUUGCCGGUGCCAAGGCGGUUGGCCAGGGCUCGGCGGUCAUGAUCAAGUUCGGCAAGGCCGAGGCCGGCCACGAGACCGACCCGGGUGUGCAGAAGGCGCUCGUCGACGCCACCCGCCGGCUCGCCGACGCCACGUCGGCGCUCAUGCGGUCGGCCAAGGCUGCGGCGUCGAACCCGUCCGACGGCGCGGCGCAGGACCAGCUUGCCAACGACGCUCGCGAGCUGGACAUCCAGGCGCAGGACAUGCUCGCCAACUCGCAGCAGCGGCUUGCUAUGCGCAACCUCGCCGAGGCGACGCAGGAGGCCAUCUCCAAGACCGCUGCGCUCAUCCAGGCGUCCAAGCCUGCGGCGUCGGCCAACUCGAACGCGGCCGCCGCCAACGGGCUCAUCGACAGCGCGCGGCAGACGGCUGAGAAGGUGACCGGCCUCGUCAACGCGCUCAAGGCACACCAGGCCUCGCCGGACAACUCGACCAUGCAGGGCAAGCUGGUGACGGCGGCCAAGGUGUCGUGCCCGGCGGUCGCCGGCCUUGUCAACGCUUCCAAGCAGGCCGCGCCGUCGGUGACCGAUCCCACGGCGCAGCAGAACCUGGCGUCGUCGGCCAAGGGCUGCGCCAUGGCCAUGCAGAAGCUGCUUGGCGCGCUGAAGGAGGCCAAGUCGCUGCAGGGCGGGCUCGAGUUUGACACUGCCAUGGAGCAGUGCAACGCAGCCAAGGAGCAGAUGAAGUCGACGGCCCAGCGGGCGUCGGCUGGCACCCUUGUCCCCGAGUUUGGCACCACGCCGCAGAGCUCGUACGAGAACUACAUGGCCGCCCGCCGUGCGGUCCACAACAACCUCGACCAGCUCCUCAAGUCGUCGCAGGAGAAGGACCAGGAGACGGCGGCCAUUGCCGCCAAGGACAUCGGCUCGGCCAUGCGUGGCGUCGGCGCCGCCGUCGAGGGCGUCGCCGCGACGUCGGACGACCCGACGCUCCCGGGCACCGUCACCGACGCCGGGCAGGACUUUGCCGACAAGGUCAUUACGGCGCUUGCUGCCGCCAAGGCAUGCGCCAACGAUCCGGAGAACGACGCCAAGGUUGAGCAGCUGCUUCAGGCUGUGGCCACGGCCAAGGGCUCGUCCGAGGCCAUGACCGCUGCCCUUCCGGGCCAGCGCGAGGUCGAGGCCGCCAUGACCGCUGUGCGCGCCCACUGCGACCUUGCGCAGCUCCCUGCGCUGCAGGCCGGCGAGAGUCAGAAGACGUUCCAGGACUCGUUCCUCAAGGCUGCGCGCGCGCUCGCGCAGGCCUGCCAGGGCCUCUGCCGCUCGGUCGAGCGCGGGCCGGACGAGCUGGCCCAGGCCGCGAACGGGGUGGAGUCGACGACGGCGCGGGUUGUUGCCGCCGCCGGUGGCAUGGCCGCAGCGACAGCUGAUCCGGAGACCAAGCAGCAGAUUGUCGACACUGUCGGCGAGCUCGGCGAGUCGAUCCAGGACCUGCUCGAGGCGUCGCGCGGUGCGGCAGCGGACCCGAACAACGCCGAGUCCAAGUCUGCGAUCAAUGACUCGCACCUUGCAGUGACCGACACGCUCAACGAGCUCUCGUCGCUGUUCCAGGCUGCCGGUCCGGGCCAGAAGGAGUGCGACGAGGCUAUGAAGGCCAUCAAGAAGGCUGCUGCCCAGAUCGAGGCAGCGGUGGUGCCGUCGUCGAUGGCCGGCAAGUCGUACGGCCAGAUCCAGGGCGAGCUCAAGGCUGCGGCCAAGGAGCUUGUGCGCGGGACGGGCCAGCUCAUGCAGGCGGCCAAGAAGAACCCAGCGGCCAUUCCGACGGCUGCGGAUACGCUGACGGGCGCGGUGUCGACCAUUACUGCCGGGUCGUCGGCGGUGGCGCAGGCUGUGGGCGACGGCGGCAAGGUCACCGUCGAGCGGUUCACCAUUCCGCAGGAGGCGAUCAAGGACUCGGUCAACGAGCUCCGCAUGGCCAACGGCGAGCCGAAGAAGAUCAUCGGCGGGUGCACCGGCGUUGCCAAGUCGACGCAGGCCAUCAUUGCGGCGUCGAAGCUUGCCUCGCGCCAGGUCGACGACCCGGAGGCGAGCCAGCAGUUUAUGGACCUCGCCAAGGCCAUUGCCGGCGCGACAGCGGCGACGGUGGGCGCAGGCAAGGCUGUGGCGCGGUCGAACACGCCCGAGAACAACGCCGAGCUGCUUGCGCAGUCGAACGCGCUUCAGAACUCGGUGGCACAGGUGGUGGCGCUCGCCGAGGACCACCUCGACCACUCGCAGGUCUCGCCCGAGACCAAGCAGUUGCAGAAGGAGAUUCUGGCCAACGGCAAGGAGGUUGCCGGCAACACCUCGCAGCUGCUCGGCGCGGCGAAGCUCACGGCCAUGUCGCCACAGGAUGUGCAGUGCAACCAAGACAUGCUCGCGUGUGCCAAGAGCCUCUCGGACGCCAUCUCGGACCUGCUGACGUCGAUUGCCGGCGCGGCACCGGGCGCGCAGGAGUGCACCAACGCCAUGGACGUGGCGCAGAACUGCAUUUCUGAGCUCGACACGGCGGCCAUGUCUGCGUCGGUCGAGGCGCUUGACCGCGAGGAGGGCCAGACGGCCGACGGGUGCUCGGCGGCGCUCGCGACGACGGCAUCGGAGCUCUCGACGGCAGCAUCGAAGCUUGCGGCCGCAGCCGCCAGCUCGCCGAACGAGAUCGGGCCGGUUGCGUCAUCGAUUGCCAUUUUGCUGCCAGACCUGACGUCGUCGACUGUCGGCCUCGCGGCGUGUACGGCGGAUCCUGUCAAGCAGCAGGCGACUCUGGCGCGCGGCAAGGACGUGUCGGAGGCCAUGUACGGCCUGCUGAUGACGACCAAGGAAGUCGGUGGUGCCGCUGACGACAUGGAGGGCCAGAUGCGGAUCGAGCAGAGCUCCAAGGACGUGUCGAACGCGCUUGCGGCGCUCAUGGGCGAUGUGUCGGGCGAGAUGGCGAGCUCGCAGCAGGUCCAGCAGGCGCAGCUUGCGGCCAAGAACGCGAGCUCGGUGCUCAACGGGCCGUACGACACGUCGAAGGACUACCGCGCGUUCAACCAGGACAUUGUGGACCAGGCGAGGACCAUUGCCGGUGCCGUGUCGAAGCUCUCGACGACGGCCAAGAUGAACCCGGAUGGCGUGGGCGCGGCUGCGGAGAACAUGGCGGCGUCGCUGUCGCCGAUGAUGGCGGCGGUGAACGGCGCGGCGCAGACAGCGCCGGACGAGGCGACAAAGAACAUGCUCCUCGACACGGCGGAGAACCUCUGCUCCGAGUCUGCGGCGCUACUUGUCCGCGCCGGCGAGCUCUCGAAGGAGCCGACCUCGUUUACCAAGCAGCAGUCGGUCUCGUCGUCGGCGCGCGAGGUGAACAUGAACGUAGCCAAGCUCAUUUCGGCGACUAAGGCCAAGUCGUCGGCGGUCAAGGGCUGCGAGGCUGCCAUUGAGAGCAUCCAGGCCGCGGUCCACGACAUGGACACGGCGGCCAUGUUUGCGAGCAUGGGCCAGCUGGAGCGCGAGGACGGCGGGCAGUUCUCCAAGUACCGCACCGAGCUCAUGACCGAGUCCAAGGCGCUUGCGCAGGGCUCUGCCGGGCUCAUCAACACGGCCAAGACGUCGUCGGCCUCGCUGGCGCCGGCUGCCGAGGACGCCGCCGGCAAGGUCAACGCCAUUGUCGACGCGGCCAAGCACGCGGCGGCGACGGUGUUUGACCCGGAGCUGCAGCGGCAGCUCUUUGACUCGUGCCGGUCGGUGUGCAACUCGACGGCGUCGCUCAUCGACGCCUCGCGGUCGGUCCACGACGCGCCGAACGACCAGGCCCUUGUUUCCACGCUCAACGCGUCGGGUAAGGAGUUUGCCGACAACGUCUCGGCCUUUGUUGCCAAGAUCAAGGAGGUCGAUGGCGAGAACGCCAAGGGCGUGACGGCGGCGACGACGGCGCUCGACGCCAUCCGGAGCGCGGUGCCCGAGGUGACGUCUGCGUCGCCGCCGACGGUCGAGCCGUCGGUCGAGGCCAUGGUCGACGCGUCCAAGAAGGUUGCUGCCGUCUCGGCGCAGGUGGUCUCGGCCAUGCGAUCGUCGCCCGAAGCGCUUGCCGUGGCCGCCACAGCGGCACAGGACGCGACGCUCGAGCUGCUGGUGCAAGGCAAGGCGGCGUCGACCGACGGCGACGCCGACGCGCAGGAGCCGACGCGGACUGCGGUGGUCAACGCCGCCAACGCCAUUGCCGGCGUGCUCGACGUGGUGGUGGCAGCCGGCGGUAACUCGACGUCGCCUGCGGUGGGCGAGGAGCUCGCGGCGGCGGCGCGCGGCGUGGCCGACGCGGUGGCCGACGUGGUGGAGAAGGCGCGCGAGCUGCGCGCCGACUUUGUCGACAUGAGCGAUCCGAACAUGGUGGCGGAGAAGUCGCUGCUCGACGCUGCGGCGUCGAUCGAGGCUGCCGCGCAGAAGCUGGCCACGCUUGUUCCACGCCCGCCGGUCAACAUGCCGGACAUGGACAUGGCGUUCGAGGAGUCGAUCCUCGAGGCGGCCAAGGCCAUUGCCGCCGCCGUCGCCGCGUUGGUCAAGGCCGCGACCGAGGCGCAGCGCGAGAUUGUGGCAAACGGCAAGGCUGCUGCCGGUGGCAAGGUCUACCACGCCGACGCAGUGUGGCAGGAGGGCCUCGUCUCGGCGGCCCACGCCGUCGCUGCCGCCACCUCGGAAAUGUGCCAGGCGGCCAACGACGCGGCCCAGGGCGAGGGCUCGGAAGUCUCGAUCGUGGCGGCGUCAGAGGCCGUCUCGUCGACGACUGCCCACCUUGUCGCCGCCGCGCGCGCCAAGAUGGAUCCCAACUCGCGGAACCAGGCCCGGCUCGAGGACGCCUCGCGUGCCGUCCGCCAGGCCACCUCGUCGCUCGCCGAGUCGGCCAAGAUGUACGGCGACAAGAUGGCCGAGAUGGAGUCUGCCAACGCCAUGAUGGCCGUCGACAGCAACUCGUCGGCCGUCGCCCGCAUGCGCCAGGAGCGUGAGGCCCGUGAGCGUGUCCUCCGGCUCGAGCGCGAGCUCGAGGCUGCCCGCCGCGCCGCCACCGAGCAGAACCGCUCGCGCUACACCGAGGGAUCAAGCUCGGCUGCGCCCGCCCCGGCGGCCAAGCCCAAGCCCGCGCUCGCGGCCAAGCCCAAGCCUGCGCCCGCCGCCAAGCCCAAGCCCGCCGCCGCCGCCCCAGCGGCGUCCAGCGGCGGUGCUGCCGGUACCACCUACUCUCUCGCUGAGCUGCAGAGCGCCACCCUGCCGCCUGGUGUCGACCCGGCGCGCAAGCAGGACUGGCUCUCGGACGCCGACUUCCAGACCGCGUUUGGCAUGGACCGCGCUGCCUUUGCCGCCCUCCCUGCAUGGAAGGCCGAGACGCUCCGGCGCAAGGCCAAGCUCUUUUAA